AUGAAAUUGGUUGAUAUUUUAUUCGUACUGACUGCAGCAGCAACCGUUAAUGCAAUACUGGUACCGACUGAUAACGAUCGUUCACCACAAGCAUCAGGCACUUUCAGUCAAGUGUCUGGCCCAACUAAUGAACCCAACUCAAACACUUCCGAUAAAUACCAGCAAAAACCAAUUGACGUAGCUGGUUCAAGCACUUCCAGACGAGGUCGAAAACGACCAAUUAGUGAACUGGGUCCAAACAUUUCCAAACAAGAUUGGAAAGAUGUAAUCAAUAAACCCGAUCCAGGCAUUCCGGAAGACUGGCGAGAGUUGAUUGAUGAGGUCAAUUCAAAUAUUGAUAACCAAGACCAGCAACGGCCAAUUGAUCAACCCAGUCCGAGCACUUCCAGUCAAAUACAACGACAACCAAUGAACCAACCCAUUACAAACACUCUAAACAAAUACUGGAAAUUCAUAAUGAAUGAAAUCAGUUUAACCACUCAUGAAGACUGGAAAGAAAUAAUUGAUGCAGUCAAUUCACAAAUCUAUGGCCAAGACCAGCAACAACCGAUUGAUGAACCCAGUCAAAGUACUUCCAACCAAAAUCAACAACAACCAAUAGACGAGGACGAGUCUGUCGAUACUAGUUUAAAUCAAGUGACUGAAUUAUGCGAAAAAUAUCAGAAAACCUUUGAUCGUAUAAGACAAAGACUUGUAGUGUCUAAAAAAAUACAAAAGAAAAAACGCAAAGAAUAUCGUGAAUAUGUAGCCCUCAGACUCAGUCAGCAGCUAGCGUUAGCAAUGGGAAAAGAGAUAUCAGGGUCAACGUACGAUCCAAAUGUUGAAAAGAAAUUGAAAGAAGAGUAUGUAGCGGCAAGGAAAAGAGUACCCGAUAUCAGACGAAAUUUGAAAAGGUUUACAAGAAAGCAUGGCUUAGAAUUUCAAGAGCCGGACUCGGAUUCAGAUUGA